AUGUCGCCAUCAGAUUUCCUGGAUAAAUUAAUGGGUAGGAUGUCUGGCUACGAUGCAAGAAUAAGACCGAACUUCAAAGGGCCUCCGGUAAAUGUGACAUGCAACAUCUUCAUAAACAGUUUUGGGUCCAUUGCAGAAACAACCAUGGAUUAUCGUGUGAACAUCUUUCUCCGUCAGAACUGGAAUGACCCCCGUCUUGCUUAUAGUGAAUAUCCAGAUGACUCUCUAGAUUUGGACCCAUCCAUGUUGGACUCUAUCUGGAAACCUGACUUGUUCUUUGCUAAUGAAAAGGGCGCCAAUUUUCAUGAAGUAACAACGGACAACAAAUUGCUACGGAUUUUUAAAAAUGGAAAUGUUCUCUAUUCCAUCAGAUUGACUUUAAUACUCUCCUGCCCAAUGGACCUCAAAAAUUUCCCAAUGGAUGUCCAAACAUGUAUCAUGCAGCUGGAAAGCUUUGGAUACACGAUGAACGAUCUCAUCUUUGAGUGGCAAGAAAAAGGGGCUGUCCAGGUGGCCGAUGGACUCACUUUGCCACAGUUUCUCUUGAAAGAAGAUAAAGAUUUAUGUUACUGCACCAAGCAUUACAACACAGGCAAGUUUACAUGUAUUGAAGUUCGAUUCCACCUUGAAAGGCAGAUGGGCUAUUAUCUCAUUCAAAUGUACAUACCCAGCCUCCUAAUUGUCAUACUUUCCUGGGUUUCGUUUUGGAUCAAUAUGGAUGCAGCACCAGCAAGAGUGGCUUUAGGAAUAACAACAGUACUCACCAUGACAACACAGAGUUCAGGGUCACGGGCUUCCCUGCCAAAGGUCUCGUACGUCAAGGCAAUUGACAUCUGGAUGGCGGUGUGCCUGCUUUUUGUAUUCUCGGCACUUCUGGAAUAUGCAGCUGUAAACUUUGUGUCAAGGCAGCAUAAAGAACUUUUGAGAUUCCACCGAAAGAGGAAGAAGAACAAGUUGGAGGAUGAAGAUUCAAGGGAAAAUCGGUUCAGUUUUACAGGCUACGGAAUGGGGCCACCAUGUAUACAAGCAAAAGAUGGAGUGGUUCCAAAAGCACCAAACAAUGCAGUUCAACCUGUCCCCAAAAGCCCUGAAGACAUGAGGAAGGUAUUCAUUGAUCGGGCCAAGAAAAUCGACACCAUCUCCCGAGCCUGUUUUCCACUAGCCUUUCUGAUAUUCAACAUUUUUUACUGGGUCAUAUACAAAAUCGUUCGGCACGAGGACAUUCACCAAAAACAAGAUUAA